AUGUUCGACCUUGCAGGCAAGACACGUUCGGGAGUACAAGCAGCGUAUACUAGGAUUGUUCUCACCCGCUUCGGGGUCGCAUUCAUUCUCUUGACCUUGGUGCAUUGCUUUGCUCAGGGAGCUCUGCAAGUAUCACUGUUCGUGGGGGACGCACGGGCGUCGUCUCUUCUCGAUGACAUCAUCUACGCAGCAGACUUACCGCCGAGUGGAAUCUCGUGGUUGCAGAAGCCGGGGCCUGGCAAUUAUACGCUGAGCUUCUGCACGAAUUUGCCGAUCGCGGAAAAUGGGGCGGAAUCCUGCGUCACGGUGUACCAGACUGGAGCCCAAGAUUGGAAUGAUGCUGUUGUCUCCGCAAAGAAUGUAGACCUGGUUGCCCGAGAUAUGACAGCGAAAGUGCUCUCGCGGCGCACGCUCAAAGUGGACGACAUAUUUCCGUCCCUCAACGCCACAGGGGGUGUAGCAGGGGUCAAUUUGACCUAUCAAGGCACUGGCGAUAACCAGAGCAGUGUACUACUCAGCGAGCAGUGCACCCGCUCUCUGGUUUAUGCCGAUGAAGUCAUGGGCACCUACAAGAAAGAGGACGCUGCCCUGUUGGGUUUGCAGUUCUGGCUGCUCAUUUUGUCAUUCGUGGCCAUCCUCUACAGCUCCAUCCCUCAGAUUUCGGCAGUCAUCUGCACGCGAGUACUGAGCACCGCCUGGGCGGCAUACUCGAUUGACAAUACGCGCUACCACGAAACCAUGUUCCGCGCUCUGUACGCCGAACCUGACACGCCCUGCAGCUUCGAUUUGUUCCCCACGCAUUUCAAGACCCGAUCGGCCUUCGCGAUCGCCAACCUCGUGCUGAAUGCCACUGCCUUACUGUUCACCGUCUACCUCGGACGAUUGCUCAUCAAGAACUUCAAGGAAUACACUUUCCAACGUGUCGGCCCGCCUCAGGGCAUCAUCCGUAUUUAUCGAUUCUUCCUUACCAUCUUUGUCUUGCUUCAACUUUCCGUGUUCUUCCUGGUCACCGCCGUGGCGCUAUGGACCACCUGGCUGCUGAACGGGCCGCUUGUCCACAUAUCGCUGCACACGCCGAUCUAUAAGGCGCUGUUCAUCUUCACGAUAGUGAGCCUACCGCCCUGGAUUGUCAUGGGCUGGUACGCCGUGCGGCGAGAACUCAGGUCCCUCAUGGCCGGCUUUUUGGCUGUCUCCUUUAUUUAUAUCGCCUGCUGGUCCAUCAUGUUCUACUCGCAAGUCUAUCGCUGGACGUUCAUCACCUGGGUGUUCUUCGCCUGCGUAACUGUCGCGUCCUUCGUCGUCCUCGUGCUCGCGACCGUCUUCGCCGUGCUCUGUUGGCUCAACUUCGGCAAGGGCCUCAGGCAGUUCCUGGACGCCGAGGCCGCGCUGGCGAAAGCGAACUUCACGCCGGAAGUGUUCUCGCAAGAACAGACGGCGACAAAACUCUCAGACGUCCUGUCCGACCACAAGGUCUACAGCUUCGGCACGGUCAAGCAGGACAUCAACUGGGACCCCGACGACGCGGGGCCGCCCAUCAUCGUUAUCGGGUUGCAAAACGAGCAUGACACCUCACAGCGAGACGAAUGA